AUGGCGAGGGCCCGGAGUGGGCAAGGACCCUCCGCAAGGGCCGUGUUCUCUCUGUUCUUCCUCCUCGCCAACGAGAUGGAUGUCCUCCUGCCCUCCAUUCAAGCGUUUCAAGUCAGUCGGCUGACGCAUCCGACAUGGCUGAGAGCCCAGUGCCCGAGGGAUGAGGUGGAGAGGAUGAAGGAGCGGCGGCAGCUUCCCUUCGACAAGGGCGCGUCUGAGUGGGUCCCGACGGACAUGCAGCCAGCCAACGAGUGGAGUUUGCUCAAAGAUACAUUCCUCUUCGACUGGCCUCUGCUUCCCCAGCAAGAUUUCGCUCUGAGGCUUCUUGGAGUUUUCGGGGUCUUCUUCUUCGCCGUCAGCCUUCCCAUCGCAGGCAUCACCUACGACCAGCCCGAAGAGCUCUUACCCCGGCUGUUUGCGUCCUGCAUCGGAGCGAGCAGCGUAGUGACCGCGCUGCUGCUGAGGCUCUUCCUUGGGGUAAAGUUUGUGUCGGAUCGACUGCAGCAGGACGCCGUCUACUUUGAGUCUGAUGAAAGGAAUCCCAUCACUUCAACGGAUCUCGAGCGGUUGGGCUACAGGAACAGAGGAGCGAUGUGGAUCAAGCCUGAGAGCAUCAUCGCCCGCGAUCGUCUCAUCCGCCAGUUCGAAGUCUCGCCAGUGAUCGAGAAGCUUAAGAUCUCAUCGGCUGCCACCUUGUUUGUGCUCGUCAUGAGCAUUGCUGGCUUCUCGUCUGUCAAGCCAGAUGAAGGUUACGACCCUCGUUUCAUCCAGAGCGAAAACAAACUACAGGAGCUUGUGAAUCCUUCCAACGAGGACAUUGCAAACAGAGAGGCCGAGCGACUGAGAAAGAGAGGCAACAAACCAGCUUACUGCUACUCGCGCUAUUACAAGGCCCUGGCCGUGAGCGAUCAGAGCAUCUGUGGGGACUGA